UAUUAUGCUUAUGCAGCUUUUAUUAUAAUAUUAUAUAAAAAUGUGCAACAACAUUGUGCACUUUUUCUUAGUAAUAUUAUAAUCUUAUAUAUGAUAUAAUAAGCAUAUGAAUUAAAUAAGAUAUUAAAUAUGGAUGAUUGGGAAUCUGAUAUUGUACCUAUACAAUUUGAAACUCCAGAAGAGAGGCAACUAUCGUUUUUUUGUAAUGCUUCGAGUGCUGGGGAUAUCGCAACCAUGCAGGAUAUGUUGGAAAAAAAAUUAGUUGAAGGUGUUAACCAACAAAGUCCUAAAAAAAAAGAAACAGCAUUACAUUAUGCUUGCCGUGAAAAGAAUAUGGAUUCAAUCAAAUUUUUAGUUGAGAAAGGUGCAGAUGUCAAUAUUAAAGAUUCUCGUGGAAGGCAUUGCUUCCAUUUGAGUUGUAUAGCUGGACAUCUUGAUGCUGUAAUUUAUCUUAUUUCCCAGGGAGCCAAAGUUGAUGUUGUUGAUAGAUAUAAUAGAAGUUGUUUGCAUUGGGCAGCAGAAAAGAAGUUUAAAGAAAUUGUAGUUGCUCUGUUGCAUGCUGGUGCUCCAUUGAGUUAUGAAUUGUCAGGCAAAUGGCAGCCAAUUCAUGCUGCAGUUAAAGGUGGUAAUGAUGAGAUAUUACAACUUUUGCUUGACCAAGAGCCUUUAAAAAGUUAUCAAACUCCAAAUUCUAAUACACCUUUACAUGUUGCUGCAAGAGACAAUCAAGUAAAAUGUUUGAUGCUUUUGCUAAAAAGGAAAUACCUUGUAAAUGCUGUCAACAAAGGUAAGAAAACUCCUCUUCACGAAGCUGCAUUUAGUGGCUCAAAAGAAUGUUGUCGUCAGCUCAUAAUUUAUGGUGCUGAUCCACAUGCUAAGGAUGACCGUGAAAUGACACCUUUACUGGAGGCCAGUCAGCAAGGCCACUUGUCUUGUGUCAUUCUUUUGCUGGAUGCGGGCUCAUUAGUUAAUCAUUCAGAUUAUACUGGUACAACAGCAUUGCAUUAUAUAUUGCGAAACAAGAAGGAAAGUUUAAGCAAUAAAGAAUUAGCUUUUUUUACAGACAUUUUGUUGCAAUAUGGUGCUCAUUCAAAUAAAAAGGAUGCUGAUGGCAAGACACCUGUGUUUGUUGCAAAUAUGUUGCACCAACAAGAGGUUUUGGAUGUAAUACACGCAUCAUAUGAGAAACCUCUUACAUUGCAACAUUUUGCAAAAAUUGUUGUAAGAAAGAUUUUACGUUGCAAUUAUGAAGCGUUAAAUAACUAUCAUAUUUCUUUUAACCUCAAAGUAUUUAUAUUAGAAGAUUCAAGUUAUUUUCAUGUUCAAAAGUCGAGUGAUUAGUUUGUGGUUGUUUUUUUUUUUAAUCUUUUUUUUUCUAUUUUUACUUUUUUAUUUUUUUUAAAAGCAAAUUUUUUUAUUGGAAAUGUUUAAACAAAAGAAUUUUAAGGAAGAGUGUUUAAAUGGUGACUUGUUUGUAUAUGUGUGAGUGGUUGAUAAUUUUUUUUAGUAAUUGUUUUUUGCUGUGUGUUAACUUGAUGAUAGUGUAAGUUUGAAUUAUGACUUCUGUUUAUGACUUUUUCACCUUUUUUAAAUGAUACUUUUUAAAUGACUUUCAAAGUAUAUCUUAAUUUUUCUGAAUUUGCUUAUUUAUGUUUAUAUUUUGUAGAAUGAUGUUUUUUAAAU